UUAAACUUCUUCAGUUUCAUCAAUAGUUAUACAUUUGUGUUCUAGCAAGCAAAAUUUAUAUUUACAAUGAGUGCUGAUAAUCAAAUAACAACAGUCGUCAGCGAUAUUUUGAAAGUGGAAGGCAUUGAAGAAGCAUUCAGCUGCUUCUUGGUCCAUAAAACUGAUACAGGAUCAGAAAGUACUAACAAACAAGAACUUCAGAAUGCACUGUCAGGUUUACCAACUGAGCAGCAAGAAGUGGCUAUCAAGCAGUAUAUUUCCAUGGCAGCCACCAUGACUAACCAUAGUCAGCUGCAGUUGUUGCUUGGUCUGUUGGAGCACAUGGUUGCGAAUGGUGUUGUACCAGCCAGGAUGGUGUGUGAGAGUUUGUUGUGCCAUGAGAAGCUACAAUACCAAGAAGCUGAUUUUUGGGUUGAAAGUUUUCAUCUCAUUAGGAAAAAUUAUUGGAGGUGUAGACUAUAAAGGUGUCCGUGAAAUCAUGAAGGGAUGCUGUGAGAAGGCUCAGACACUCCCAUCACAACUCAAUGGCUCUGCAAUGCCUCAGAUGAAAGCUCUUGAAGUUGUCCUAGAAUAUAUUUUUGACCGCAAUGCAUGUCUUUUACCUGGAUAUUUUAUUGCAAAUGAAAUACAGAAAGCAUAUCCUGAAGGCAAAAAUUGGCCUCAUUGGAAACUGGCCAAUCUCUUGUCAAGUUUUGUGGAUGGUUUCCGAGUACACAGCACAGAUGGUUACAAUCAUCGGACACUCGUCCAUGCGGCCUGUGGUGGAGCACUCGGGCUAUGCUGAUCAUGUCAUCAAUCCUUGGAAACUGGAAUCCAACUACUCUCAAAUUCUCUCUCAAGGGUAACCUUCCCUAUGAGAAAUCCCUACUGGAGCCCCAGACCAAACUGCUCCGUUAUGUUUUGGAGCAGCCAUACUCCAGAGACAUGGUGUGUUCCAUGUUGGGCCUACAGAAAGCA